CCGAGUGAAGAAGGUCAAAGCAAAACAGCACAUGUGAGACCAGGGCAAGACGCGGACUGUAGCAUUUAUUUUCAUUUUAAUCCCUAAACAAGACCUCGAGUGUGAAGUAUGGAUAAACUUGGCUUCUAUCCUCCACCUAACUUCGACUGUCCGCCUCCGAACUCCAUCCAACAACCUCAGCCGCCCGCCGUUUCAAAAAGCAGCUUCCACCCCAGCAUGUGGACUUGGAACGAGUCACCGUGCGACCCUGAGCCCAGGAUGGCUUACAGCGGCCAAGCGAAUUGGAACUAUCGACCAGCGUCAGCAAUCUAUGGAUCUCAAUAUUCAUACGGUCAUCAUUGGUAUCAACCCAGACAACAAAAUUGGAGCAAUUACGGACCAGCAUGGAACCGUGGGAAAAAGCGUCAAAACAAGAAAGAACCGGAUUAUAUGCAUUUUUGUGACCCAUGCGACAAAGGAUUUAAAACCCAGGAGAAAUAUGAGGAGCAUGUCGCUCAACACAUAAAGUGUUCUGUCCCAGACUGCAGCUUUAUGGCACACGAAAAAAUAGUCAGCUUUCAUUGGAAAAAUACCCACGCACCCGGAAUGAAGAGAAUUAAGUUGGACACCGCAGAAGAGAUUGCAAAAUGGAGAGAGGAGAGGCGCAAGAACUAUCCAACUUUACAGAAUAUUGAGAAAAAGAGAAAACUCAUGCAGGAACGGGAAGAGACGGGAGCAGUUCUGGAGACGGCUCAAUUUGGACGCAUGAGAGGCAGAGGAUGGCGUGGGAGAGGUCAUCACGGGUUUCACGGACAACAUCCCCAAGGUUUGCGUUCAUCCAAUGCUGACCCUGCAGCAGCGAGACCGCCACCCCCCACCAAGCCAGCAAUUCAUAAUGGUGAUCCACUGGGAGUUUUGGCCAAAGGUGACAUUGAGUCCGAUAAAGAUGAUGCUGACACUGACUCCAGGCCCGCCGGCAUUGUUGUUGCCCCGAAACAGAUGAGUGCCGCACUCGGGUCUCUUGCAGCCAACUAUGGCUCCAUGAGUGAGAGUGAAAGUGAUGAAGGAGCGCAGGACUCGACUAUACAAAAAACCAAAGAACUGAUCCAAGAAAACAAGGACUUGCUUGGCCAGAACAACGGCCAUUUCAUAGACACCAGAACCGCAACACAGGACACGCACGCUUCCAAAGUGUCAUGUCCUUGGUCUGCCUCGAACACGUCAAACGACCGAAGACGACAAGGGAGAGGAGGAGGAAGACGAGGAAGGCAAGGUCGACGUGGAUACCAAAAUAUGUCGCGGCGGCCCACUCUCCUUGAGAUGCUUCUUGCCCCGGAUAUCCGCCAUGAGAGAAACGUCCUCCUGCAGUGCGUUCGCUACGUAGUCCGAAAUGACUUCUUUGGGCUGGAGAGCAAAACUCAGCUCAAGCUGGGGAUCGAGCGGACACAAGGUGCUGGAGGUUCAGACCAGGAAGUUAAGAAUGAAAGCAGGACUUUGUCCGAUUCCCUAGUUGAUAGCAAGGCCUGUUCUGUUGAGGGUGGGACUUCAACUCAAAAAGCCAACACCAGGCCAGAAAUAUGCACGGAGGAAAACAUGGCGAUUUCUCCAGCCACCGCCACAGUCGAUAUCAUAGUUGAUCACAGCUCAGCACAGAAUAGUCUGGAUCAGGCGCCGCUCGGUGACCAAGCUGCUGCUGGAGUCCCUGAUGACACAACUCGACUUGGUUCACUAGACACUUCGUCUGGUACAGCAUGUGACCAAGCAGGCUUAAGUUUAUCACAUUCAGGAGCAGGCUGUGAACCAGCAGGUGACCAAGGGGUCCAGGCCACACCACCAAAUGAACAUUUAAGCAUGCAAAAAUCCAAUGAUCCCCCUGUGGAUUCUUUUGCAAAUGCAGAGCAGGUUACAGACGAUAAGGAAGAAAUGGCAAGUGGUCACCACCACGACCAUGAUUCAAUGGCAUCUUGUGAAAGUACAUGUACCAAUAAUAUUUAUGAUGACGAAAUAUGGGAAACGCCAAUUUGAUUGAAAUUGUUUAGAGAAUCUCAGUGUUUUUGUUUUGUACUUGCUAAAUUGAUUUGAUCAUACAACCAUUUUCAAUGUACAUUGAUCAAAGUUUUUUUUUUUCCUCUAGCAAAAAAUUAUAUACAUGAAAUUUUCUAACUUUUUUCCCCAUUUCAUAUCUAUUUAAGUAUAGUUAUAUGUUGUCCCUUAUUUCCUACUUCUGCCUGCCUUUAAUUUUGGUAUAAAGUUAUGAAGUUAC